UUAUCCAGACCUGCUAUACUUCCUCUAAGUGAUCAAAGCCUCUCCUGUAACCGAUCAGUUGACCAAGUCUACUAUUGACUCCAUUUAUCUUCCUCUAUUUUCUUAAUCCAUCACUGUUUCCUUCCAGGCAUGUAAUAAUGGAUAUUAGUCUCACGAGCAGUACAGGAAAGUCCGACCAAAUAGUAUGCGAUUCAGAUUAUCUGCAGGACUCAAGCCAUGUAAGGUCUUAUACUUGUGCUUUCUGCAAGAGAGGCUUCUCAAAUGCACAAGCAUUGGGAGGCCACAUGAAUAUCCAUAGAAGAGAUAGGGCAAAACUUAAACAAGCUUCCAACGAAAACUUUCUUUCUUUGGACAUCACAAAGUCCACUGAGGAAAUAAGUAGAGCGCCUAAAACGCCAUGUGCUCUGCCAGUUGAUCAACAUGUUAGUUUUAAGCUUAGAAAUAAAGCUAGCGAAGAAGUUCAGCCGCUACCCUUUAUUGUUGAUGUGAAGGCAGGCACUGAUGGCGAUGAAGAUAACAAGAUGCAAUUGAAUCAAGCUACGAUGCAGGCGGGAUUGGACCUGGAGCUUCGAUUAGGGUCCGAUCCACACGAAUCAUCUACAAGGUCGAGUCCCAGAGAAUUCCUUUGAUCGUAGUGAGCUGCAACAUGUUUGGGAUCUGCAGAGAGGUUUUUUCUCUUGCCCUUUCAUUUUUCUAAGAAAUUUUAUCAAGUACUCCACGUUUUUAUCACAAAACCAAGGGAGGUUAUGUUUCUUCUUCCUUUUCCAUAAAUUUCAACUGUUGUGUUGUAAGAGAAAAAGUUUAAUAUACUUCUUCUAAAGUUAUUCA